CCAUUUUGACUCUUUGGAUACACUGCUGCUGCAAUCUGAGCUGAAAAAAAACCUAAUAAUAAUAAUAAUAAUAUUUUUCUCCCAAAAAUCUCGUUCUGCCGAUUCCAUCAAUGGCGGAGUCUGAUAAAUCCAAAUCCUUAUCUGAGGAUUAUCUUCUCAAGGAUACAGUAGAGAAGGUGGCUGCAACUGCUGAACCUGUGGAGAAAAGUCCUGAAAAGGAUGCUGUUGAUGAUGCUCCUGAACCAUCAGUCACUGAAGAUUCGGUUGAGUCUUCGGCUGCCUCCGCAGUCACAGAAAGUGUCGCUGCAUCUGUAGAUGCAGCUGCAGAAGAAACUGUGGCUGCAACUGACAGUUCUGAUACGGAUGCCACUGAGCCGGCUCCAGCUGCUUCUGAAGAAAGUGGUGAAACUGCUGAAGAAGAGAACACAGCUGAUGAAACACCCGAGAUUAAGCUGGAGACAGCACCUGGAGAUUAUCGAUUUCCAACCACAAAUCAAAGCAGACACUGCUUUACCAGAUAUGUUGAGUAUCAUCGGUGUGUGGCUGCAAAAGGAGAAGGUGCUUCUGAAUGCGAUAAGUUUGCAAAAUACUAUCGGUCACUUUGCCCAGGCGAAUGGGUAGAUCGAUGGAAUGAGCAGAGGGAGAAUGGCACAUUCCCAGGCCCUCUCUAGAACCGAAGUUACAGUCAGUCAUAUUUAUUACAGUGAGAAACAGAACUCGACGACCAACUUAAUAAAACCUUUGGUUUCAUGUUUUAAAUCCGGGUCAACUCUAGAAACAUGUUCGCCAUUUGAUGUUACAACUCCCCCAUCCGUUUUUGUAAUUGUAACCACUUUUUGACAUUCACAGGUUUGGUUAACAUUGAUAAGGAUCUUGUCAUGAUUGAACAUGAAAUCCUUUGAAACUGCAUAAUAAGGUCCUAAGUUUUUUUUUUC